GGUUAAAUUAGGACACAGAGAGUUCAGAAACACCUAUUCUCAGUCUAGUCCAGACACACUAGACCAAACAUUCUCAAAUCCACAACUUCGGGGAAUUUUCACUAGAAAAAGUUCUUCAUUUCCCUAAGCCAGGAAGCUCGAAGACUGGGCUGCCAGACCGACUCUUCCAUUCCCUCUGUCCCUAUUUCCUUUUUCCUUUUCUCUUUUUCUUUGUCCAGGACCAGUGGCAGGAGCCAGCCUCGGCUUCUAUCCCCUAUUUAGACCUCAGCUUUUUGCACAUGCUCAGUUAUUUGGAAGGAUGCUGACGACCUCCACAAUCUAUCCCACUCCCGUCCCCAUCCCCCCCUCAGCCCGAGAUGCUUGCUCUGAGAGGAAGGAAAUGACACUUGAGAGCACUGGACGCUACCCAGGACUCUGACGCGGUGGUCCCUUCCUCUUGGGAGGCAGAGAUUACAUAAAGCCCUGGAGUGAAGCCCACUUCCGCUCUCCGCGGGCACCCCCGGCGGCUUCUGUCCCAGGCCAGGGUGGAAGGGAGGGGGGGCGCUCAGGUGAAGGAGAGGUGGGAUGCUCCAAGUAACGGGGAUUUGGCACCGAGAAAAAGAAAAGGAGCUGGCCGGCAGGCAGACGCAGAUGGAGGGCGUGGCGUGAGCCGUGGCCCCGCCCCGGGGCGGAGACAACGAAGCAGAACUCCGCCUCCGGCGAGUUAAGAAGCCUCAAACCUCGCCGGGGGAAGACGCUGUGAUUGCAGGCUGGUCUGGGGCUCUCUCGCCUCGGGUGGAAACAUGGAACAAGAGGAUGCCCUUCGGGGGGAGACGGAGCAACUGGUGACGGACUACUUGGAGUACUGCUGCCGUCAGGAGGGCUGCCAGGAACGGCCGCCCUCCACGCCAGCCGCAGCCACGAUGCGCGUGGUGGCAAAAGAGCUCCGCCGGAGCUACCAGGACUUCUUCGAGUGCGCAAAGAAUCAGCUAGUCGACCGGCCGCCCGAGCAAGUCCUAGCCGAAGUAGCGGAGAUGAUGGACCAGGACGGGUUCAACUGGGGCCGGGUGGCGGUGCUGGUGGUUUUUGCCGGGGCGAUGCUGGAGACUGAGGAACAGGAGAAAAAGGAGCGAGGGCAGCUUCGGAGCGAAAUGAGCCGGCGCUUGGCCGAAGAACUCUGCAGAUAUCUGGUGGAGGAGAAGGGCGCGUGGCUGCGGGAGAACGGAGGCUGGACUGGCUUUCACCACCACUUCACCCAGAAGCAGCCUCCCCCACAAAGUGAUCCAAAUAGUACCCUGUGCUGUAUAAUGGCCGCCGCCGCAGGAUUUGGACUGGUGGGAUUAGCUCUUCUAUUAGCCGUACGAUAAUGGAUUUUAAACUGUUUAUACCAAUCUUGGAAGGAAAGACCUAAGAGACUUGGAAGAGGACCAGGGGCAGAAAAGAGAAUGGCCUCAGCUAAUUACCAUCUGUUGAGAUGAUUAAGGCUGGAAGAAGAAACCAGAUGAACAUGGGACAUCUCAUAAGAACUGUUGAACAUUUUAAAAUGUGCAUCUUCUGGAUUUUGAUUAAGAAGCUGUCAUCUUGAAUGUUGUCGCAAUAACUGAUGAACCUAACUGUUCUCUUUGACCAAUGCUGUUUGCUACUGUUCUCUCACAAACUGUUUGGCUGUUCAAAGACUUCCAUGGAAGGGGACUCAAAAUAUUGGUACUUCAUAUUUCCUAAAAGUAGUCUGAUAAUAUUUUGUAAAGUGGAGGGAGUCUUAUCCAGGAUUUCAAAUGCCUUUAAUAAUGGGUACCCAAUACUUUUCCUUAUAAAGUAUUGGAUGGUUACAGUUUAGUAGAUAGUUCAAAGUCCUCUGAAGUCUGGAAUUUCUGGGGUCUCUGUUUCAAUAGAUCUUAAUAUAUUUUUAAAGUAUUUAUCACUUCAAUGUGUAACACCUUUUUAUUCAUUUUUUUAAAUAAGUUCUAUUAAAGUUCCUUGAAGUAUGUUGUA